AUCAUUGUAGGUGGUUGCAGAAUAUUUUUGAGUAGGCCCAUAUUUAAAAGAAAUAAUGUAUCACACAAAUCUGCAAAAAGUGACAUUGGUGACAGUGUUAGGUAUUGCUGUCUUGUUGCACUUCACUGGUGCUGGGGAGCUAGGACCAUCUGAAACAAAAGAUCCAGGGAAUGCUGGACAAGAAACAAACUGCAGUGCCUUCACAGGGAAGACAUGCGAUACCUGCUUGUCUGGUGGUAGUCAUUGUGUUUGGUGUGCCUCGUCAGAAACAUGUUAUUAUGUUGAGGAUACAGCCACCUGGCCCGACACAAGUAAAUGCAGUCUCAACUCUAUCCGUAUCUAUUGCUGGUUGAAUAUUCUGUGGGCUCUGUUGGGGAGCCUCUUUGCUUUCUUGGUCGUCUUGAUCACCUGCAUCAGUUGCAUGGUGAAUCGUUGUCGGGACUGCACUGAAGGCUUUUGUCGGUUGAAAAGGAAGACCACACAAGCAGUUUCCAGCAUUCCUGCAACCUACCGUGAGCGAGAAUGGGAUCGCAAGUCACGAGACAGAGAAGAAAAAAUUCAAGAAAUUCGUCUCAAAUAUGGUCUAACUGGAAGCAGGUAUUCCAAGUUUGACAAUGCAGAUGAAGAGUCUUAAUGUUUUUGGAGGCUAUAUCAGGCUUACCUCAACCAUGAAGUUAGUGAGUUUUGUGAUCUAGUAACAUCUUUCUGUGAUUUGAAGUGGAUUAUAAGUGCUUUGACAAAGACUCAAAUGUAAACUGAUUAUCUUCCAUGUCAUUGAUUAUCAUGAUCUUGUGUACUGUACUUAGUUCACCUUUGUCAAGGGUGAAUAUCUAUUUUUAUUGUGAUUAAUAAUGUCUUCAGAGCUAACAGGGCUUUGGUGUGAAUGAGUGCCUGAUGGAAGCAUGGAAUGCUGACCAAAUAAAUUUCAGAGCAGUGCCAGGAUUUGAAAUAUAUUUUGAUAAUCUUCA